AUGGCUAAUACGUGCGAGACAUUCACCACAACCUUCGAAUCGACAACGCCCUCUUCCGACCCGAGCCCCGACGAUCAUCAACUGUCCGUGAUCGAAUCGCCCAAAGUCUACAGCAAAGCCGUCAAGCCGAAGGAUCUUAUUGAAAAGGUGAUCCUCUCGGCGAGCAUCGAGGACAAUAUUGCAUUGGGGAAACAGAAGCAAGAAGGCGAGCAGCACGAGGCGCGGCUCGAGUCGAUUUUGAAGACGUUGGACGAGUUGAAGGAAGACGAUUGGCGUCACAACACUAAGCGUUGUUUC